ACCUGGAGCCUGCAGUUCGUGACCUCAUCCGAUAGUACCACGAUGUUUUCCCAUCGUCAUUCUCGUACGCCGGCAUCCCACCGAUGUGUGACGUCGAGCACUCCAUUCAGCUUGUGCCCGACUAUCGUGGUCACCACCAGGCACCCUACAGACUCUCGAUCCCCGAGGCCACCGAACUCAAGCGUCAGCUUGAGGAGCUCCAGAGACUGGGUUUCAUCAAACCCAGCAACUCCCCGUGGGGUGCACCCGUCCUCUUUGCUCGCAAAGCAGAUGAAACUCUUCGUCUCUGCAUCGACUACCGCGGUCUCAACCGCUACACGGUUAAGAACAACCACCCCAUGCCUCGUUCCGAUGAGCUAUUCGACCGCCUAGCAGGCAACCACUUCUUUACGAAGAUUGAUCUUCGUAGCGGUUACCAUCAGAUCCGCGUUGCUGCAGCCGACCAGCCGAAGGCCGCGUUCCGAUUGCGAUCCGGCCACUAUGAGUUCACGGUGAUGCCAUUCGGCCUCACCAACGCACCCGCUACCUUCCAGAGGGCGAUGAACGACAUCUUCAGGGACAUCCUGGAGCAAUAUGUUCUCGUCUACCUCGACGAUAUCCUGGUCUACCGUUGUACCCUUGAGGAGCACCUAAGACACCUCCGCGACGUCCUUGACCGCUUGCCCAGACAUGGCUUCUACGCCAAGCUGAGCAAGUGCCGCUUUGCCCAGCACAAAGUGGAUUUCUUAGGACACUACGACGGCACUGUCGAGUUUCGCUUAGGUGAUUGUCCGAUAGCCUUCUACACCUGUAAGCUCUUGCUCGCCGAGAUAAACUACACCGCUGAUGAACGUGAGGUUCUCGCAGUAAUUUAUGACGCUCGGCAUUGGCGUCACUACCUGCACGGGGCACCAUUCACGGUGCGCACGGACAACUCGGUUGUCCAGGCUUUUCUGACAAAACCGAAGCUCACUCCUCGACAGGCUCGCUGGUGGCGCGACCUAUCCGAGUUGAGUUUCACCACUGAGCACAUCAAGGGUGGGACUAAUCGGGUCGCAGAUGCCUUAUCCCGACGCCCUGACCACGACCAGGAGCAGAUCCAGCUCUCUUCCAUUUCGGUCACCACUGUCCACCACUCGGUGAUCGAUGAGUUUCGCACUCAGUACCGCCACUGCCCCGACUAUCGCGACAUCCACGCGACCGUUCGGAGUAAGGCCGUCCCGAACUACUCUUUCGAGGACAACGGUCUUGUGUACUGGCACAGUUCACAGAGCACCAGAGAGCCCCGUAUUUGCGUUCCCUCCACUGGACAGCUACGUGUCCGCGCAGUAGCAGAGUUCCAUGACCAGGCAGCCGCCGGUCAUAUGGGCUUCCACAAGACGUUGGCUCGUGUGAGCCGUCUGUACGUUUGGCCGAAGCGUAAGGACUUUGUGAAGGACUACGUCGCAGAGUGUUCCACCUGUCAGGAGGUGAACAGUGUGAACCACUUGCCUUAUGGUUUGCUCCAGCCUCUUCCUAUCCCUGAGGGUCAUUGGCAGUCCAUCUCGAUGGACUUUAUCGGUCCCCUUCGUCCUCCGACCCCUCGUGGUCAUGAUGCUAUCCUGGUCAUCGUCGACCGCUUCACGAAGCGUGCACGCUUUGUUCCGUGCCGCUAUGCCAUCAGUGCACGUGAUGUCGCCGACAUCGUGUUUGACCGAGUUGUGCGUGACCACGGCUUACCUCUGAGCAUCAUAUCUGACCGUGACCCGCACUUUACCAGCCGAUUCUGGCGACGGCUCCACGAGGUGUACGACACUCAGCUCCGCUUCUCCUCGUCUUACAAUCCUCAGACUGAUGGUCAGACCGAGAUCACGAACAGGACUCUUGGAGAUAUUAUCCGAAAGAUUGUUCGUGACGAGCAGCAAUGGGACCUCCAUCUUGCCCACGCGGAGAUAGCCUACAACCACGUCGUCUAGCCACCCACGGGGAUGUUGCCUUAUUAUUGCGACCUCGGCUAUCACCCUCGUGUUC